CAUCAAAGAGCUCCAAAAUGUAAAAUUAGCAAAAAAAAAAAAAAAAAAAAAAAAAAGAAAAAGAAAAAAAACAGUCUCACUUCAUUCCCAGAAAUUCGAAGAUUUUCGAUAAUUCUCUCUUCUUACUCGUGUUGAAGAUCAUCCAUCUCCAAGUCGAAAUUAAACAUCAAAAUCAGCUAGAAAUUAUAAGGAAAAAUGUCAGUGCAAGAGUAUUUGGACAAGCAUUUGCUGUCUCGGAAGAUUGAAGAUGCCGUCAAUGCCGCUGUUAGGGCUAAAACCAAUGAUCCAGUCCUCUUUAUCGCAAAUCAUAUGUUGAAAUCGGUGCAAUCAGUAAUUACGAAGGUGAAGGCGAGGCAGAUCCUUGAUAGCAGAGGAAUUCCUGCUGUUGAAGUUGAAUUAUCUACGAAUAAAGGCACUUUUCGUGCUUCUUCUCCUAGCGGUCCUUCUUCUGGAAUGUAUGAAGCCACUGAAUUGCGUGAUGGAGACAAAGGGAUCUAUUUGGGUAACGGUGUUACUAAAGCUGUGAGAAAUAUAAACGAGAAAAUAUCUGAAGCAUUGAUUGGCAUGGACCCUACUCUUCAGUCCCAAAUUGAUCAAGUCAUGCUUGACUUAGAUAAGACAGAGAAGAAGGGAGAACUCGGUGCAAAUGCUAUAUUAGCAGUUUCAAUUGCUGCUUGCAAAGCUGGAGCUGCUGAAAAAGAGGUUCCUCUUUACAAACAUAUAGCUGAUAUUUCUGGUGGGACCAAUACAUUGCUUCCUGUUCCAUCCUUCACAGUUCUCAGUGGUGGUAAACAUGCUGGAAACAAUUUGGCUAUUCAGGAAAUUUUGGUUUUGCCUGUUGGUGCAAAGACAUUUGAGGAGGCAGUGCAGAUGGGGUCUGAAACGUAUCAUCACCUAAAGGCUGUUAUUACAGAAAAGUUUGGUGUGCAUGGAUGCAAUGUAGGAGAAGAUGGUGGCUUGGCUCCUAACAUUUCAAGUGUAAAAGAAGCCCUGGAUUUAGUCAUGGAGGCUAUUGGUAGAACUGGACAUAAUGAUAAAAUAAAGAUUGCUAUUGAUGUAGCUGCAACUGAAUUUUGCAUAGGAACUAAAUAUGAUUUAGACUUCAAGACCCCAAAUAAGUCAGGGCUAAAUUUCAAGUCGGGAGAGGAUAUGAUUGAAUUGUAUAAACAACUUUGUUCUGAUUACCCAAUUGUCUCAGUUGAGGAUCCAUUUGACAAAGAGGAUUGGGAACUCACAAAGCAUUUCUCUACUCUUCAAGCUUGCCAGGUUGUCGGGGAUGGUCUAUUGAUGUCAAAUCCAAAACGUAUUGAGAAAGCCAUUCAGGAGUCCACAUGCAAUGCUCUUCUGCUUAAGAUAAAUCAGAUUGGGACCGUCACAGAAGCCAUUGAUGCUGUCAAGAUGGCUAAAGAUGCUCACUGGGGAGUUAUAGUAGCUCAUAGGAGUGGUGAAACUGAGGAAACUUUCAUUGCCGAUCUAUCUGUUGGCCUUGCUACUGGUCAGAUCAAAGCUGGGGCACCUUGCAGAGGGGAGCGCCUAUGCAAGUAUAAUCAGUUGCUCCGGAUUGAAGAAGAACUUGGCGACCAAGCCAACUUUGCUGGUGAAGGAUGGAGGGUUUCUUGACCAUCUUAAACUCAUACUUGAUCCUUUGUUGUGUGUCCAAAUACUGGUUUUGUAAGCAUAUAGUAGCCCUGCAUUUUUUUUGUCAGAGUUUUUCCGCAUAUGUUUUUUUUUUUCCUCUUAAGCAUAUAGGGGGUAGCAAGAUGAUCAAAUCGUUUUGAGUGCCAAAUGAAAUGAUCUGUUAAUGAGAUGCAUUUUUACCUUAUGUCUUACAAUUUUACGACAUUGUAAAUUACUUUUUCCAUCAUGCUGUUGAUGUGAAAACAUUUGCUACCCUUAAUUUCAGAAAAUCAGUCUUACCCUGA